AUGGAAAACGCCAAGUACAACUCCAAUUUACACUCCAUAGCGGCAAGGCUUCCGCUCAAACGUGCUCCUCGCGCAUGCACACGCUGCAAUAAACGAAAAGUCCGAUGCGAUGGCGCCGUAACAGGGUUCCCAUGCACAAACUGCUGGCUUGACGGGCAUCCUUGCUCGGUCUUUCGCAGUCGAGCAAGCAAAGCUCGCAAGAGAUUGCCCGGAGCCAAACGGAUAGAAGAUAUUAGCCGAGUAGCCCAGGAUCCGUUCCUGGCCCGAGUACGGCCUAAGCCACCUCAUCUUAGUAGCAGCCCUUCACUGGGGUCCAGCCGAGCAACAGCGAGACAAUGGCUGCCAUACGCAUACUACCCAUCUCUAUGUGCCACCGGUCUGCUGUAUCUAGAUCCAACCAAGGUCCGACACCUCGAGGCCAGCGGGUGUCUCCAUGUUCCAAACCGCAAUGUAGUGCUUUCGAUCAUGCACUACUACUUCCUGUUUGUCCAUCCAUGCCUUCCUCUCGUUGAUGAAGGGGCGUUUUGGCAUUCACUGGAGGCAUUCAUGGGGAACAGCAAGGGGAUUCCGCUGUUGCUCUUUCAAGCGAUGCUAUUUGCGGCUAGUUGUUUUAUACCUGAAGAUGUGUCUCGGCGCUGCGGCUACAGCUCACUUUUGGCUGCUCGGAAUGACUUUUACAAGAAGGCCAAGGUACGGCGCCUAACAACUAAUACGAAGAAUAUACAGCUUACCUGGAACAAGAUGCUUUAUGAAGCCAGGGUAGAACAGGACGCACUGGUAAUAUCACAAGCUGCCGUACUACUAUCCUAUUUUACCUCUGACCAGGAAAUCUGGGCCAAUUCCGGAUGGCUACACAUUGCAGUCCAACAUGCCAGGAUGUUACAAGCCCAUCAGUAUUAUACCUUCGACGCCGACAUGCCACAAAGAGGAUCGACUCUGAAGCGGCUUUGGUGGAGCUGUCUCAUUCGCGAUCGUAUCAUAAGCCUGGGCAUGAGGCGUCCGCUCCAGAUUUCUGCGCUUGAGCCCGACCUGCAUCGUCACUCAUUUACGACCGAUGAAUUGGAAAGCGAGCUUUUUGAGUCGGCUACCUAUGACACUGAGGUUAAGGGUAUCAUGUCUCAGGUUAUGAGAAGCCUGUGCGGCUUUGUUGUUGCCGUGACAGAUCUAAUCAACCUGGUGUAUCCUGAGCCCAGCAAGGGAUGCGUCUCUGAAGGCAGGCAGUCAAUAUUUUGCCAGCUCGAAAAGGCAAACUCUACUCUUCUGAGCUGGGAGAUGGACUGGCUGCUGGGUAUGGACGGCCAGUAUACGUCUCUACAUCCGAACAUAUCCCUCUUCUCCAACCUUGUUGCGAUAUACUAUCAGUCCGCCCGCAUUGCGCUCUGCAAUAAGAUCUGCUCCGUUCUGAGCAGAUACCCCUCAGUAGAGGUUGAGGACCUGCAGAGACUUGAGAACUGCCAGUCGGAGAUACGCUCGGCAACUGAGCUAAUCGUAAACGAUAUCCGUCAGCUCAAGAUCGUAGGAUUGACAGAGAAGCUCCCUAUUAGCGCGGCCGCUUAUACACUACUUCCGCAAAUCCUGCUGAAUAUCGUCAACUCUUCCGCUGUAGUUCCCGAGGAGAAGCGACGUUACGAUCGGACACUCAGUAUGCUGUCCGAAAUCCACGAUCUGAUGGGGUCCAAGUUCUGUACCAGGCGAGUGGUGACCCUAAUAACUCAGGCCCUUGCGCUUUUCGAACGCUGUUAUGCUUCCUCCACUGGUCCCCAGAACAGCCUCUUCGCGACGGGACAUCGUGUCUUUGCCCUUGACCUCAACAUGUAUGUCAUUCUGGUCAAGUUCAUCGACGUGUCGAUGUCCACUCAGAAGGUGUCCCUUGAGGAAAACCUGAUGCUCUGUACCCCGGCGGACCGUAAUCUUCAACCUACGGUAGUUUCAAAUGCAGCGACCUCAGAUGAUGACAGGGAGAUUGUAGAGUAUCCGGUGUGGAUGGAAGCAAUUGGCGACUUCUUCUUCGGCCAGGGAACACAGUUACAAAUGCCGUCCUUGAGUGCUCCAUCGAGCCCGAAAGCACCUUCAGGCUUCGCUGUCAGUGAGCUGUAUACUGAUGAUUAUGACCUUUGUCAUCUUUUACUGCCGGGGGAACUAUCAUGA